AGUAACUAUUGGCGCAAAAGAUAGAUUCCUCCAAACCAAUGAUAAUUGGUCUCGUGCGGAAGUUAGACACAGCUUUAGUUUAGUGAUAGAACAAUCCAGGAUUCCGGAGAAGUUAGUUUAGGACUAUCAAACAUGUAUUGGCUGUUGAAGUUUUCGUUGAGCUAAAAUGUGUCGGAUAUAAUAUUAAAUUUGGGUUUCGUAUGAAAGAUAAUUACAGGCCGAAACGUGAAUUUCGCCAGUUUAAACAAAAAAUCAUUAAUGUCGUCAGUUUAAUCUUCAAAGUUUUAAAGUAGGAGACGAACCAACGAUGGAUAAUUUGAAUCUUUUGGCCCAGGUUUUCCUGCUAAUAUGGAUAUGCCUAUUGGGUCACAUGACAACAGAGAGUAUCGAGCGAAAUGAAUCAUUUGUUGCUUGUGUUAACGAAUCUACGUUGGUGGAUUUGAUGAUCUAUGGCAGGGACGUGCGCGCAUCCUAUGAGUGUUUUUCUCGUUGUCAAUCGAUUGGAUCUAAAUUUUUGGGCAUUCAGACACUUGUCUCGCUCGCUCUCAUCCCUUGUAUAUGCCUAGAUGAAGACCUUGAGGAGAACUUUUUUGCAAAUACCUCUGUUCCGUUCAAUGAAUGUAACGUAAGUUGUCCCUUUAAUCCGUUGCUAUCAUGCGGAGCUGGUAUGCUAGUGUCAGUGUACAAAACCUCGGCAAGAACAUGUGAAGAUCCGGGUGUGCCGGUUAACGGAUCCCGGACAGGCGAUGAUUUUGUGAUUGGUAGUUCGGUUACUUACAACUGUUCAUCUGGAUUGGAGGCGGAUGGUCCCACAGUAUCCCAAUGCUGGUGGGUGGAUAAUAUCACGCUCGAUAUCAAUUGGACUUCCCCUCCUCCAGCGUGCGUUGACCCAACUAUAGUGGUCACCAACCCAAGUUCAACAGAUCCAACUGAGACAACUUCCCAGAUGACAACCAUUUUGACUGCGCUACCCCAUAAAGACAUUACGUUACCGGUCAUCAUAGCAAGUCUGGCGGUGGUCGUUACUCUCGUCGUCAUCAUCAUCAUCGUCGCAAUAGUAACAACUCGCAAGAAACGUAGAAAGCGAAGGGCGGACAUUUCAAGUGAACCAGGCCAAUCCAGUCUCCCACUCGACAAAACAAAGGCUCAGGUCCAAGAGACGACUCCAAGCAAGAAAGUAAAAGAUAAAGAAGGUGAAGCUGAGAGUGACUACCUUGUCCCAGAUGCGACACUCGUUUCCUCGACGAAGAACACCUAUCAAGGUCUCACCCUCCAACGUGUGGACGAGAGACCCCGACUUCCCGCACCGCCAUCGAUUAAAGUUGCUCUCACACCGGAAGAGACGUUCUAUCAAAAUUCUCUCAGUAUCGCUUUAAGCCGCUCGAAUGAAAAAUUGAAUAAAGACGUAAAGACUGCUCCAAAGGAAGUUGGCAAGCAUGAUAAAGGACAUGCGAGUAAGACUGUUUCUCCGCGCCACAACAGAUCCCCUGCCGGUGAUGGCGCUGUCGGGAAACAACAAGCGAAGAAGACGUCGUCCUUGCCUCUUCCUUCGGACGGGAUUUACCAGAAUACCCAGGUGGGCACCACGCCAAACACUCCAAGGAUGCCACCGACGGCACCAGAAAGUGAUGAUCGACGAGCAAGCCACGAUUUAAGCAGGCAAGCUGUACAGAGAAGUUCUCUCAAGCACACAGACUCUGUGGACUAUAUCACCCCAAAUGAAGUGAAUGGGGAAGAGGUGUACGAGAAUGCGCGUGUAAUGAGACAGCACCAAGGGCCUCGACGUCCCAUCAGCCACACUGAUCCAAAUACCAAUGUUGCUUUAGACGCUGGUGAUAGUGAUGGCGUGUAUCUUGAUUUAAUUUAGCCCCCAGUUGUUUACCAUAGAACUAUGAUCUAGGAAUACUUGAGUUUAACAUGGUUCUCAUGGUUAUAGGCAGUGCCAAAUUGAUGUUUGUCGGGUAUAAUGUAUUUCAAAGCCAACAUUGCAGUUUCAGUACCAUUUCAAGAUUUUUACAUGAUGGUUUUAGCACAUUGUUGAUAGGCCUACUGUUGGUGAAGUGAUGGGCUAAAAUGUAAAUUUCGAGACGACUUAGAUGUGGCUAAUCUUCCCAAAGCAAAGCUGAGGAAAGAUAAAGUUUAAUUUCAAUACGCCGAGGAAGUGAAGUUUGCAUCAUUCAACCAAACCACGUAAUUAUUAAGGCCACCGCACAUCUUACGACUGUUCGUGAUCCGAUUUUGGAACAAUCACAUUUUGCUC